AACAAAAACAAAGCAUAACACUUUGUGUAUACAUGUUCUGUUCAUCAUCAGUUUUUAAAAGCGGUUCUAUUUUGCUUGAUUGAAAAUCAUGCCAUGUAUUGUUCCCACAUGCCUACACACGGAUGGAACACUGAGGUCGUUUCCCAGCGACAACACCUUGGCGACAAGAUGGCUCGAAGCUAUCCAAAUAGGUAGCGGAUACUCAAUGCAGGUAGAUGAGAGUGAGAUUCAGCCGGAAAUAUGCAGCUUUCAUUUUUCGAACGCGGAUUUGUGCAGCUAUGAAGAACCCUCUGUAUUUAUGCAUUGUGAUGAAACCAGUAUGCAAAUCGGCAGUUGCAGAAUAUGCUUAGCUUUUUAUCCAAUCAAGGAAAUGGUAUCUCUGGAGGGCACUAUAGAUGAGAAAAAAAUUACAUCGCUGCUCGUAACAUUGGGUCUGAGUGUUGACGAGAAUCAAUUUUUAAAGUUGCUGUGUCUGCCUUGCGUUGCCCAGAUUGAAAUAAUUACAUUCCUUCUCUCAAAGUUCACUCGAUCGGAGGUGGCUUUCCAGGAAUUACUACAAAAAUGUAAGGGGACAGUACAGUACCUUGAUAUCCAAAUAGAGAUUGCUAAAGAUGUUGACGAGGAGGCCGUGUCGGAAUCUUCAACACAACCACAUCUUGAUGCCAACCAGGACACUAGUGGUGAUGAGUGCCUACCAACAGUUGACCAAAAUCCAAUAACAUCGCAAUCCAUAAGCGGUCCAAAAACGACCGACCGACCGAUCAGUGUUAAGGAAAAAAUGGAACGAAACUGCUACAUAUGCAAUACGGUUCAUUCAGACGCGAAUCAACUGAUGCUUCAUCUCACCAAAAACCACACCGCCGAAAAGGGCUACCAUUGUACCGAAUGCUCACUAGAUUUCCCUUUGCUGUACGUCUACAAUCGUCACCUCAGCCGGCACGAUGAAUCCCAACGACCAUUCAAGUGUGUCAUGUGUUCCAUGCGGUUUAGGUCCAAGUUUUGGCUUAAGCUGCACGAAAAUAAAAAGCAUUCCGCGAAACACAACGUGCAACGAGUUGUGAGUAAAUCGCACGAAAUAAUCUGCGAUCAGUGCGGUAAAAUUACCGACAACCAUAGCCUCAGAGAACACAUUCAACAGGUACACCGGAAGGCAGGCCAACCAAAAUGUGAUAUGUGUGACAAAACGUUCGCGACAAAGAGUAGUCUCGAGCGGCACAUGCUUCUGCAUACCAACGCAAAACCUUACAGCUGUGACCAGUGUGAAGCAACCUUCCGCCGUUUACUAAACUAUCGGCACCACAAAAGCAUGGUUCACGAAGGCGUUAAUCCGCACGUUUGCACGGAGUGCAACCAAGAAUUUAAAAACUACACUCAGCUUUACGUGCACAAGCAAAAGAACCAUUCGAAACAAAAUUCGUCCAAAAAAUACUAUCAACAGUACGAAACUUGCAAACUCUGUCGAUUGCGAUUUGCGAAGGGUAGUGAGCUGAAAGAGCAUAUUCGAGUUGAGCACACUAAUGAGCAAUACCCUGCGUUCCGGUGUCCGCAUUGUUCGAAAACGUUUAUGUUGUCAAUCCAAUUCAGAACCCACAAACUUCUUCAUACGGAUAGAUAUAUCUGCAAGGAAUGCGGCCUACGCCACGUCAACCAGCGAAAACUUCAGUACCAUAUGGAUCUUAAACAUUCGAACGGUCGCGUUUACACCUGUUCCGAAUGUCCCAAAACUUUUACCAGCUUACAUCAACUAACCCUGCACGGUAUCCUGCACACGAAAGGAAAGCAGUACCAGUGCAGCUUUUGUACUAAAUCGUUCCUGCGAAAGUUUCAACUGAAGAUUCACACACGCAUUCACACAGGUGAGAAACCGUUCCAGUGCAAGGGAUGCUUGAAGCGUUUCGGCGACGACAGAAGCUUCUGCGUGCACAAAAAGUGCUGCCAGGCGCUACUCGCGAGCAGUAUUACGCAAUCAGAGCGUAAGGACAAAUAACGUGUGUUUACUGUUUACGGUCGGACCCUUCGAUCUAGCUAGCGGUCAGUACAGGAGGAUGCACGUGCUACGAAGUAAAAAGGACCUUACCAACCGAACAAAGAAACACAGUUGAUGUUUUAUUCGCUUUACAAGCAAGCCACUAAGGGAAGAUGUCCGGAGAGGCAACCACCAUUCUGGGAUUUAAUUGGCAGAACUAAGUGGAACGCGUGGAACCGCCUAGCGGACAUGCCGAAGGAAGAGGCCAUGCAAAGAUACGUUGAUGCGUUGGAAAAGAUUUUGCUGAACAAUGGUUCAGAACUCGUCCCCAGCUUUGUUAAGUGUGACAUCGCUGUGAACCGGGACAGCAUCCAAGCACGGCAACGAUGAGAGUUAUCUACAGAUUAUGAUAAUAAGCUAGGUGACACAGAGAAUGUCUGCAACAGCAGUGUAUGCCUAUGUUAGAAAGCCUACCGAAACUAAGUUAUGCAACUAGAAACGAACUGUUUUGAAUGAAGAAAAUAUUUAUUUUGCUUCGCCGUCCAAAUGUGAGUUUGAUAUUUAGGCGAGAAAACACAAUAAUAAAGAAAUCAAAAAAGUGGAAGAGGUUGUUUAUACGAAACGACCGCAAGGUUAACGUAGAAUUACGACAGCCUGUCUUAUGUCAAUAAUUUUUUGCAAUAGCUUUGGAAAUAUGGAAAUGUUUGAUAUUAGUUGUAUUUACCAGACAAUUAAACUGUGCAGUAACAGUUAAUAAUUUCAGCCUUGUUAAAUGUUUAAAAUAAACAAAGCAGAAAGAAUUUUAAUUUUCCGAAGUUAUCGUCGGAAUCUAUGGUCAAGUAUAUGAAUAUGAAGAUUGUUUGUAUUUCAUGAUACUGUAAGAAGACGGAGUUUAACCGGAAAAAGGCCGGAAUCCUCAAUCGGCAAAGAUGCCCCUUCUGUAAAUUGUUAUGAACCAUGAGUAUGAUCGAGAUGCUGUAAGAAGUGACUGGUUUGUAAUGAUGAAAACUUAGUAAAUUGACAUUUACGGAUUUGUUUCGCAUAUACCGCUUGUGAUGCACAGUGUUAAUGAAUCGUAAUAUACAUCACACUGCUGCGCAAUUGCAGCAGCAUCAAACUGCAAUCAAAGUUGCAAUUUAGUAAUAACCAUUCAUUAUGCUCUUCCAAAUAUAUUUAGCAGCCUUGAAAAAGACUGGUUGCUGCAGUUGCAAAUUUCAUUCAAUUAUCGCAUAAACGCUUCAUGGUCCAGAUAGCGCGCGAUAUCCACUCUGACAAAGAUUUUUUACGCACGUAGUGGAAUGAGAUAACUGGAAUAAUUAUUUCCAGUUAUAUCAUUCUACUACGUUCGUAAAAAAGAGGACGGGCUACGCUGCUCACCGUUUGUCGGUAUAUAAGCGAAAUUUGAGCGUGAAAGCGCAUUAUUUUAUCGUCAACUGUGUACCUGGCAACAAAUGUAUCAUCAUUGAGAUGGCACCAGAGGCAAGCGACAAAGGAGCAAGGAAUUUCGUCACAACAGGUCAAACCUCGGUGUAAGUUGAAACAUUUUCGGUUGCUUCCCGGUUGGCGGAUUACAACAAACGUUCUACUAUUACACUUGCCGCAAGGUUCAGACCGCCGUACGUUUGCUGCUCCAAGUAAAUUGUUACAUUCCUCUUGUCAACCAAUUGUUGCCUUAUGAAGGCAACAAUAUAACAUGUAUCGUGUGUUGCACGGCUUGAAGGAAGAAGAUGUUUCCGUUCUCGUAACAACCGUCUUCUUUAAGACGUUACAUAUUUGUUAAUGAAGUGUUAUGAAUUUUCUAAAACGGACUCAGCGCCGUGAGCAGAACUGGCUGAACUUUUCUGUU